AUGUUGAAUAGUUGUUUUAUGCGUUCAUCUAUCUUUCAGGAGCAGUCGUGUGGUUUUCCCAGAGAUCGCCGUGAGUUCUUUGCCAAAUUAGGUGGAGUGGGGAAGAUUAGAACUAUUUUCAUCUUGAAUCUAGCACCCUCACAAGGUACUAUUCCUCAUAAAAGAAUUUUACGAAAGCUGGCACCCUUGGUGCGUGAUAGCUACGUAAUAUCCUUUGUUUCAUCCUUUUUAAAGAUACCAGUUUAUGACCAAAAUGGAAUUAAUUGUUCUAUUACGGAAGUAGGGAUCCCACACGCUGGGUUAAUCACUAAGGUCUUAUACAAUUUUAUGUUGGAUGAUUUCGACCGGGGAUUUAAACAGCUAUACCCUAGUCUUUCUUAUUAUCGUUACUUGGCUGACUGUUACGUAUUAUUUCCAUUGUUUAGUCUCCAAAGCGAGCAGCAGUGUAAAGAAGAAAUGAAUAGUAUCCUCUUAGAGUUAGAUCUUGAUGGGGAUAUCACAACUAUUCUACCUGGUGGGGGUGCCCAUGUGACUCGUGAUGGGCGUUUGAUUAUUCUAAGUCGAGAUUGCAGUCUUCACGUUGUCGAACAGUCAACAUUCUUUCUUUAG